CCAUUCAGAUUUCAGUAAUACUCUGUAUUUGGUUCGGUAGGUGUCUGGUUUAGAGAAGUGGAAGAAUUUUGUGAAGGUUGAACUUUGUUACUAAUUGUGUUGUUACAUGUUUUAUUGAACAGUUUGUAUUCUUGAACUUUUUUAAUGAAUGAGUUAUGAUAAACGUGGUUGCCAGGUAUACGAAUAAUAGUUUUAUAUUUUAAUUACGAUAGUUUGAUAAUAAUACUAUAUGUAUUGAAAUUGCAGUUACUUUUAAUUUGGUGGUAGUAAAUAGACUGUGUAAAUUAUUGUAAUUCAGUCAUGUAUUCCAACAAUUUUCCAAUUAGAUGUGAUAUAUGGAGAAGCCGUGAGAAUUUUCAUACAAACCCAAGAUGGUAUAAUUCAUUUCACACAUAGUAUGGUUGAAAUGUUUGUUAUUGAAUCAGAACAUAAUUAGUAAAAAAUUUGGAUGUUAUAGCCUACACAUUAAAAAUGGCAAUGGGAAAAAGCUUUCGAGUGUUUGAAAAGGUGAACCCACCAAAUCCUUACAGUAUUCUUUUAGAGCAGAGAAUGAAUAAUGAUUCAGUUCUUUUUGAAUCACAAGCCGUUGCAGUUUUAUCAGCCCAAGAGACAGAAUCUGUCAAACGCCAAUAUACAAAACUGUGUGAUGCUUAUGGCUGUUUGGGAGUUUUACAAUUAAACGCUGGUGAAAAUACUUUGCUCUAUCUGGUUGUUGUUAGUGGAUGUAUAUCAGUAGGUAAAAUAAGAGAUUCUGAAAUAUUCCGCAUAACACAAACAAAUUUUAUUUCUCUUAGAAAUCAGUCUCAAGAUGAAGAAAGAAUAUCUGAGGUUAGAAAAUUGUUAAAUUCAGGAACAUUUUAUUUUUCCUGGUCAUCAACAACAGAACCUAUAGACAUUACUCUUUGUGCUCAACGACGCUACAAGACAGCUGUUACUGACAACAGAUUUUUUUGGAACCGCAUGUUACACAUUCAUUUAAUGCGAUUUGGUGUUAAUUGCUGGCAAUGGCUAUUAAAAGUCAUGUGUGGCAGUGUUGAAAUCAGAACUGUUUAUGUGGGACAUAGACAGGGUCGAGCUGUGAUUAUAUCACGACUUAGCUGUGAGCGAGCAGGAACUCGUUUUAAUGUUAGGGGUGUAAAUGAUGAUGGUAAUGUAGCGAAUUUUGUUGAAACUGAACAGGCAAUUUACAUGGAUAAUGAGAUUACGUCCUAUCUACAAAUUCGAGGAUCUGUUCCAUUAUUUUGGGAGCAGCCUGGGGUACAGGUUGGCUCUCAUAAAGUGAAAAUGUCUCGUGGACCAGAAUCAUCGGUAUCUGCAUUUGAUAAACAUUUGAUGUAUAUAAAGGAAAGAUACGGACAUCAAGCUAUUGUAAAUUUGCUUGGAACUAGCCUAAUUGGAAGUAAAGAAGGAGAAGCUAUGCUAAGCCAACUUUUUCAAAGUCAUCAUCAGAAAUCUCAACACCAUGAUGAUGUUCCUCACAUUGUGUUUGACUAUCAUCAGGAAUGUAGAGGAGGUAAUACAAAAAAUCUUAGUAAACUUAAGGCAAAAGUUGACAUUUAUUUAAAAGCGUACUCUUUCUUUUAUGCCAAAGAUGAUGAGGUAUUAAGUGAACAAAGAGGGACAUUAAGAACAAAUUGCCUGGAUUGCUUGGAUAGAACCAAUUGUGUUCAGACAUUUCUUGGUAUACAGAUUCUUGGCAACCAGUUGGAGUUUUUAAAUUUACAUGAGAAACAACAAAUAGUAUCUAGAUUUGAAGAAGUUUUUCGUCAGAUGUGGGUAAACAAUGGAAAUGAAAUAAGUAAAAUUUAUGCUGGAACUGGAGCAAUACAAGGUGGAUCCAAAUUGAUGGAUGGAGCUAGGUCAGCUGCUAGAACAAUUCAAAACAAUCUUUUAGACAAUAGCAAGCAAGAAGCUAUAGAUGUCCUGUUAUUAGGUAAUACACUAAACAGUGAACUGGCAGAUCGUGCUCGAAUUUUGUUGGAAAGAAAUAUGUUACAUGCCCCAACAAAUGUGCUUCGAGAAAUGUGCAAACGUUCAGGAGAGUAUGUAUUUCCUCAAAAAAUCCGAGUUGCAGUGGGAACAUACAAUGUUAAUGGAGGAAAACACUUUAGAAGUGUUGUGUAUAAGGAUGUAUCCUUAUCUGAUUGGCUUCUUGAUCCAUCAGAAGUCUCUUCUCACUCACUUGUUGAUCAAAAUGAUGGUUCACCAGUUGAUAUAUUUGCUGUUGGUUUUGAAGAAAUAGUUGACCUAAAUGCCAGUAAUAUUAUGGCAGCUAGUUCAGAAAAUGCUGAAAUGUGGGCAGAGGAACUACAAAAAGUGUUAUCCAGGGAUCGAGAUUAUGUAAUGCUUACCUAUGUUCAGCUAGUUGGAGUUUGUCUGUAUUUGUUUGUUAAACCUGAACAAGCUCCAUUUAUUCGAGAUGUUGCAGUAGAUUCAGUAAAAACUGGAUUAGGUGGUGCUACAGGCAAUAAGGGAGCAACUGCAAUUCGCUUUGUUCUUUACAGUACUUCAGUAUGUUUUGUUUGCGCCCACUUUGCAGCUGGUCAAAACCAAGUUGCUGAUCGAAAUGCAGACUAUGCAGAAAUCACAAGAAAAAUCACCUUUCCAAUGGGAAGAACUUUAAAUUCCCAUGAUUAUGUCUUUUGGUGUGGUGAUUUCAAUUACAGAGUUAACAUGGAUAAAGAUGAAAUGAAAGAGCUUAUUAAAAAUAAGGCUUAUGAUGAGAUAUUGCAGCAUGACCAAUUACUAAUUGAACAGAAGGCUGGGAAUGUGUUUAAAAAUUUCCUUGAAGGCUCUAUUACUUUUCCACCCACCUACAAGUAUGAUCUCUUUUCAGAUGACUAUGAUACAAGUGAAAAGUGUCGAGCUCCUGCAUGGACCGAUAGAGUUCUUUGGAAAAGAAGAAAACAAAUCCCUGAAUCAGACAGUGAAUGGAGUUCAGGCCAACUAGUGUACUAUGGGAGAUCUGAAUUGAAACAAAGUGAUCACAGACCAGUAAUUGCUAUCAUUGAUGUUGAUGUAUUUCAAGUAAACGAAUCACGGCGAAAUUUUGUGUUCAUGGAAGUAAUUCAAGAUCUUGGACCACCUGAUGCGACUAUUAUUAUUCAUGUUGAUAGCACACAGCCAAAUGAUGAUGACUCAUCAAUAUUUGAUGACAACUUCAUGAUGGUUUUGCUUCAAGAACUUUCUCAGAUUGGUGAAGUCAUACUUGUUAGGUUUGUUGAUGAAACAAUGUGGGUGACAUUUAGAGAUGGACAGUGUGCUCUUGUUGCUGCAAAAAAAGGGAAAACACAAUUAUGUGGACACUCACUUACAAUGACGUUAAAGACUCCAAACUGGCAAGAUCUAACAAAAAAAGAAAUAAUGAUGUGUAGUAACAACACUGUUCCACUAUGUGAUUAUAGAGAGGCUCUUCCGAUUGACACCAGUUUAAGGAAGCCAGAAAGUAGAAGUGGCAAGGUGACACCUAGCGAUGAAGCUGGGCGGAGCAUUCCUCCUAGUCGGCCUCCUCAACCUGUAGUUCAUAAACCUAAGGCAGGUGUUAUUAGUAUUCUUCCGAGACCGCCACAACCUCAGAUAGAUACUAAUGCUUAUCAAGAACCUAUCCCAGGAGGAGCAUUCAGAAAAGCCGAAGAACCAAAUGUAGAAUAUAAUAAAAAUGACCAAAGUUCUGCAAUUUAUGAAGAAAUUCCAAGUGAAGAAUUUGAAAGCUCACCAAUACCUUCUGGACCACCACCACCUCCACCAGGAUGGAACAUGGAAAAUCCUCCCCCAUUACCUCAGAGACAGCUACCUCCUCCUCCUCCCCAAACCGCUCGACCAGCUCCACCACCUGUUCCUCCAAGGGCUGGUGUACCUCCUCCAAUACCAUCUAGAGCUGCUCCUACACCUCCUAUGACUCCUCGUAGAACUCUGCCUCCUCAAUAAAUAGAAUCAAACAAACUAAGUGCAGUAACUUGUGAUAAUGUUUAAGUUGUAACUACUGUAAGAAGAACUAUUGGCCUAGUUUAGUUUAGCAAAAAUGUUGGGUACUAUGUUGUAGAUAACCAUAUAGCAUAACCUUUUGGUUAGUUAAUAUUAUUAGUGUAAAACUUUGUUUCAGUUAGAUUUUGUUUAUCAUAUGAUGUCAGUGAUGAGGAGUUGCAUUAUAACUAAUUGAUUGUUGAAAUCUUUUAAGAAAAUGUUGGGUUUAAUUGAAUCUCUAUAUUACAAUAUUGCUGUGAUUAUAAAAUAAUUAUGUAAUUCUGUACCAAAUAGUGAAAUAGUACAGACGAAUUUGUUGAUUAAAAGAUAAGUGUUAUUUAAAGGGUUACUGUGCUUUACUAUUGUUGAGUAUUUUCAGUGAUUAGUUUGAUACUUAUUUUGUUGUUGAAUCUUUUUUUAUUGUUUUAUUUUAUUCUAUACCACAAAGAAUAUCUUAGUAUUUUCUAAGUUGAACCCUAUUAGUAUAUAUACACAUAUUAAUUUUAUUGUUCCUUAAAUAAAGAACUGAACAUUUAAUGUAUUCAUAGAAAUGAGUUUUGUUCUGUCAAAGAAACUGCCCAUAAUAGGCACAUAUAGCCACAAGCAGUCCAGUGAAGUCCUGAAUCGUGGUUCAUUUUUUAGUUUUAGGCAUUAGAACAUUCAAUACUAGUUACUGCCUUUUAGUGAUAACAUAUUAAGUAAAAGCACCCAUUACCUUAAAAAAUAAGCCAAUCAGAAGCUCUUCAGUGUUCUUAGCUGUUAUGCAUACAAAUUUAUCAGUAACUUAGGGCUUAUUUUGUGGCUCUCUUUAACAAUAAUGUUCAUUUGUUGUUUUAAGUAGCACUUAUUGUCAUAUCAUUGCUAAUAUGUGUUAUCUAAAUAUCUGCAUUCCAUUACAGUAACGUACAGGUUGUUUGUUUUAUGAGACUUGGCAGUUAUUUAGAAGUAUAUUUGUAGUUUAUAGUAUAUAAAGCAUGUACGCUUUAAAUAUUUAUUCAAAGAAUAUGAUCGCAGUGUAGAGAGUGUGUACACUUACUAAAAAUAAACUGGUCUUGUUGAUGAUGUCAACAAUAGUAUUUAAUUUUGUUCAGAGUGCAUUUAACAUUCAUAAAAAUUCCUUUUUAUAUAAAGAAUGGAUUUAUUUUCAAUACAAUGUAGACUAAUAAUUGUAUUUUCAAAAAUUUUGUUUAACAGUAGGAAAUAUAUUUUUACACAAUUAAUGUCACAUAGUGAUACUCAUUUUUAAGUGCACAGUUACCUAUAUUUCAAAUUACGUAAUUCUAAGAAUUUAAAUAGCAAGACAUAUUUAACAAUACAGUUUAAUAAAUUGCCCACAAAUAUAAUAAGCCUAUAUAUUUAAGUUGUUGUAAUAAAUGCUCUUGUGUUCUCAUAAAAUUGAAAUCGUGAUUAUAAUAUCCCGUAAGUUAUAAGACACUGAUUGUCAAAUCAUGCAAACCACUCUACAUGGAAUGAUCCAAUUUUUCCAAUCCAAAAGACAUCAUUGUAAUUAGAUUGUGUUUAUACAGAAACAGUAAAUUUCCAUUAUCAUAGAGCAAAAGCACAAUAGAAUACCAACUCUACUUGUUCUGUAUGUAGAGUAAUAGUUUUCUCAAGGUCACAAUAUGCACAGAAUUAUUUGCUAUGCAUCUUAUAAAAUCCAUUAACAAAAUCCUUUUCCUUUUCCAAAUGAUAGUUGCAAUGAUCUUUCAUGCUGAAAUUGUCAGUUUGGCUUUCAUUCUGGUUGGUGAAGAUGCAUCACUUUUGCACAGUGGUCACUCCUUCCAUUGAGUGAUUUUGAAUGGUAAACAGUCUCAAUGACGAUAAAGAAGUGAUAACUAUAGACUCUUCUAACAAGGAUUGAGUUUCUUCACAAACAGCAGUAAAAGUUUAUGUGUAAAAUAUAAACUCUAACGUUUUAAUAAUAUUUACAAUAUUUUCUUAUUUUUAACCGACAUUUUGAAAGUACCCACUUGUGAAUUUAUUUCAAGAUAUUUAUUUCAUGGAUAGAAUUGAAAAAUAAUUUGUUUACCAAGCAUUUGUAUUGCAUUCAUGUGUAUAAAGUGUGCCUCAGAUUUCUUGUAGCAGAAUUCUAGUUAUAUUUAUGUGUCUUAAAAGCAAUUUGGUUAUUGUAUCCUUAACAAAUCAUCAGUAUACAUAUUUGAGUUUUGGUACAUUAUUACAAGCUAGAGUGAAUAGAUUGGUAAUUUAGUUAGAACUUGGUUUUGUUAUUUAAUUUACAUUCUCUGAGGCAGAAAAUAAUAUCUACUGGUGAAGAUCAUGUUUUCAGAUAGGUACGAAGUGCCAGCAGAUACUGACCCAUGGGAGCUAAUAUCAGAAACAGUUGGCUUACUGAAUUGGAUAUGUUUUAAUCAGACAUUUUUAAAUUACAAUACUCACUGGUUGUAAUUAUUGCUUUCAGUUAAAUUUGUUAUUCAUAUUCAACAAUCAAUCUAGCUAGAUAUCUCUGUAGAUGUCUGUAGUGUAAUGUCAGUUUUAUUUUUGUGAAUAGUAAUAAUUAAUUGUAUUAGACCCAAAUUCAAAGUUAUUGUCUAAGUUACAAAAUAUUUAAAAGGAUUGAUCAGUUCUAAGAAAUAUAUUAUUGUACACAUAAACUUUAUGUUUGAGAAUGUGUUGCGGUCAUGAGAAAAAAUGAUUUUUUAAAAAUACUUUAUUAGGUCCAGAGAAGCUUGAAAAGUGUGUAUUUAGUUAGAAAAUAUAAAAUGUUGUUAUUUAUUUGUAGUAGGUGUAGCUUACUAAUUAUUUCUACUACAAAUGAUUACAUUUAGCAUAAGCUUUUAAUUUUUUUUAAAUUUAUUUUAUUAAUUCCCUAUUAAUCUGUGAUUUUUUUAGAAAUAAUUUAAUGUAGGUUUAUUCUGUGAAGUACAACAGCUAAAAAUAUUAAUUGUUGGGAUGGGGGUCUGUACCAAGUGAAACAGAGUGGUACUGUGGUGCAGCUACUUGGAAGCUAGACUAAAAAGAUUUCGAUUAGAAGUGAUGUCAACCUACAGUUUUUUGAUGGUGUAAGUCCAACAUUUUCCCAGUUAGUAUGAGCAAUACCAGUAAAGUCUCUUUAUUCAGAUUGGCCAGUGAUGAUUUAACUGAUCUCACAAAGGUGCAAUUUCAGGACUUCCUGAACUUCAGGAUUUUCAGUUAGUAAUGAUAAACCAUUACGCGUCCAACAUUAAAUUAUAUAGUCAAUAGUAAAACUAUUUCAUUUCAUAAUAUUUACAAAGUGCAUAAUUUCAAUAAUGUGAUAAAUUAAGACAACUUAAUUACAAUUCCUUCACUUCUUUUUAUUAUUUAGCAGAUCUGUUUUCAUUAUAUUUUGUUUUGGUAAAUUCAAGAUUUUUUUAAAUAACGUUAAGACUAAUAUUCAUUCACUUAUAAGUAUUUGUAUUACUUUUUAGGAAUCAUAAAAUUGAUUAAAUCAAUAUCAAUGUUACAUAAUCGACUGAUUAUCUUUAUAUAUAUAUAUAUAUAUAUAUAUAUAUAUAUAUAUAUAUAAAAUUCUUGUGUGUGUAUGUAUGUUACUGAACUUCUCUUGGCUGCACCAAUGUUAAUGACAUUUUUUUUAUGACUUCGGGUAUAUUCGAGAAUGGUUUAGAUUUACAAAUUCAAGCAGUUACAAAUUAAAUUUAUAAGAGAAAGGUACAAGUUUUCAAAGCACCUGAACAUUAUAAACUGCAAUUACGAGGCAGUUACACAUAUGAAAUAGCCAAACAUUACUUGAAGAUGCUACAGUCUGAUGGUUGUCUUUAAAAUCAAUUACUGGUUGAACUUUAAGAUUGAGUGUUUUUUGUGGUUCACAGGACACCUCAGCCUACAAAAAAUUUUUAAAUCGUCCUCAAUUAAAUUUAUAAAUAUGAACAGUAAUGACCACAUGAAGUAAUUUUCAUAGUUUAUUAAAUGAUACCUGAAUUAUUGUGCGUUUUAAAAAUUAACUUGAUUUUUGUCAUACCUUACAUAUUAUAACUGUCGAUAAUUUUAUUUUUUGUUACAAUUACUCAAAACUGUAUCCUCAAAUUCUUAUCCUAAUAAUAUUUUUAAUGUGAAACUGCCCUUGUUUGUUUGUUUUCUUUCACGCUUAAAUUAUUCAACCGUUUGCGAUGAAAUUUCACAUGGUCAUUCUCAUGGUCUCUGGGAUGAAUAUAGGCCUUAUUUCGAAAAUCCCUCUGGGCUAUGCUCCACUAGUCUUUAAAGUAGUGACAAAAUCCCACCUUCAUCUAUAAGUUUUGAAAAAUUAAUUAAAAUAGCAUUUAUAAUGUAAUCAACUGUUCUGUGUAAACAUUGUUUAUUAUUUUCAGUUUGUUUACAUUCAUAGUAAGCACAAAUAUUUUAAUGCUAUUUUAGAUUUCAGUGAUUAGGUAAAUACAGAUCUAUAUUACGAAAUUCCCCAAAACAUAAGAUGUUCAGCAGAAUUUAACACUGAAGACUCCCUUUGAAGCAGUCAGCAAAAACUAUGCUAGAUGAAAGUUCGCUGGACUGUACUUUUGAACUAAUGUACUAAUUCCAGCUCUAUAUAUUCUAAUAUAUUAACAAUAUUUUUCAGUUUAUAAGGAAACAAACACAUAGGGUCAAUUUACUUUUAGCUGUAAAUUUUGAUCAACUAUUAAGUAUAAAUCUAAAAGACAUUGUUACUAUCUAACAAAUGAAAUUAGAAUGGCCAUAAAUAUACAUUUUUUAAUGUAUUUUUUUGAUCGUGGCAACAAGGCAAACUUAACAUUGGCAUCGGAACUAUAAUUCACUCGAACCAGCAGUGGUCAUAUAGGUGAAAAACCUAUGAGAUUGGGUACGAAGCCGCAGGUAACUGCUAUUAACAAAAUAUAUUCCAUGUAAUAUUAAACUACCAAAUACAUAAAACGUGUGUUAGAAAACCUGUUUUUUUUCAUAAUUUUAUUUUAAAAACCAAUAAUUAUCUAAAUUGAUUAUAUUUUUUUUUAUUAUGUAGAUUUCAGAUAUCUUAGGUUUAAUAAGAUUAGAAUCAAUUAAAAGCACUUUACUGUUGAUAUUAUGUACGCAAUAUUGUACUAUAUUUUGUGUAGAUUUUAGAACAUUAAAUAUAGUUUUUUGUGCAGUACUGUGGAGUUUACUUAUGUUUUUUAUUAUUUACAAUUCUAUAAAGAUUUGUAAGUAUACAAGUUAGGUGCACAGCCAACCACAAAGUCAGCACGGGAGGCUUUGGGUGUCUUUACUCCUCACACUCCUACACAUCCCAUUUGCUACUCAGUUUCCUGAUUUAUAGAUUUUGUAGUUUUUCUAAAAAAAAUCAGCCUCAGGUCCUUCAUUUUGGCAGUCCUGUUUGCAUGUGUUGCAUGUUGCUGUUUAACAUCAGUUAUGCAAUGUUCCUCGUAUGAUCUCUUUGUGUGAAGGCAUGCUUUUUAUGUACAUGUGGACACAAAGAAUAUGACUUGCAAUUAUUGAAAGGUACACUGUGUGCUUUUUAUUUUAAUUAUAUUUCACAAUAUUAAUUGGCCAUCUUUUUGUUUUCAAGCAAGAGUGGCCUAUUUUUCUUAAUGAGUUCUGUAAUACAAUAACACGAAGUACAAAAACAUACUGAAGUGGUUCCAUAUGUCUCUGAAAAUUGUAUGGCUCAUUUUUAAAAGAUGAUUUUAAUUUUCUUCUUAGCUUGAGUUUUACAGCAUUGUUAAACGUUAAAAGAUGGUGGUUUCAUAUUUCUUCUCUUGCAAUGUUUUUUUAUAAAUAAUCCAAAAUAAAUAAUAAAACUGUAUAAGAAUAAAGCUGCAAUCUUUAUAUUUUGAAGUAAAAGUGGUCUAUCUUUCAUGGUAACUUUAUAAUAAAAAAAUAUUUAAGUUACUGUACACAAAACAUAUUGAAUCAGUCCAGAUCUUCAAUUUAACUCUAUAGUUUUGUAACUUCAGUAAAAGAUAAGUUUAAUUUUCUUCUUAGCACUAGUUCUACAUCAUUUGUUAAACAUAAAGAUGCUGGUUCUGUUUUUGUUUGCUGCAUGUUAUUUGAAAAAUUAUUCUGUUGUAAUAGCGUUUUCUUCUCAAGAGAUUUAGGGUCAUAAAAAUCAUUUUAUAUAGUUAUUUUUUAUAUUUUUAUGCAAACAAUCGCUUGGUUUAUUAUUGUCCAAUUUUUUUUUUCUAAAGAUAUAUAAUCAUGUAAAUUAUGGUAAAUGUACAACAGGUUUUAGGCUAGAUCCAAAAGGGAUAAUAAAAUGUGUAAUACUACUUUAAGAUAGCUGAAUUGUUUAGAAUUUUAUUUCAAAUAACACAAUGUUUCUUAAAGUACAGUUGUGUACAAAUAUUAUGUUAUAAAAUUUUUUAAGAUUAGCAGAAGUAAGAAAAUAGAAAGGUUAAAUUAUGUUUUUUUUUUUUUGUGGAUAGAAAUCCAGAAAAUCAGUAUUGUAUUGUAAACAAGAAGUACUAUUAGAAAAGUAUUAUUUUUCUCUUGCCCGCUCUCCCCAGAAAUGAAGUAUAGUUGAAAACCUUAAUCUUAAUAACACAACCGGCAAUACAUCUUUGAUAAGUCGGGUUUUUUUUUUCAAAUUCCUUCAACUUCUUAUAACAGUUAAUGUUAACUUCACCUCUACUAAUCGAAUAUUGUUUAAUAUAAAAGCAUUGAUAAGUUUAAUUUUCCGUUAUCCGUACAGUAUAUUAACUCUCUACAAUUAUGGGAGAACAAAUUAAUCAACAAGCUUGAAAUAUUGCGUGAACAUCUUACACAAAGAAAAAUAAUAAUUACUGGUAGGCAACUUGGUUUUGGCCCGAUUCACCCUCAUUAUCUUGUAUCUUCUUUACUAAAAAUUUUUCAUAGCUAUAAUUUGUUCUGUCUCUUCAGUUGGGUCUUCAAGGUUUGCUUUUAAUGGUGUUUUAUAUCAAAGACAAACCUGUGACUACAGAAAUGUAAAGUUUUAAUUAAAAAAUGAACAUAAUCAAGCAUUAGGCUCUAUAUUUAUUUAUUUGCACCACAAAUCAGAUAUUUGUAAUUUUUAUUUAAAAUUGAAUAUGCAGUAAAUCAACAUUUUUAAUUUUAAUUGAGUUAUAAUCAAGUACCCUUAAACUAAAACAAACUUUUGAAAAAAGGAUUAAUUUGAUGAAAGAAUAAAUUAUCAAACAAUUUUAGAACUAAUGUAAAUGUAUAUUUUUAUAUACUGUAUGUUAGAAAAUCUUUUGAAAAAGCGUAUAAAAUAUAUUGAAGACUACGAUAGUCCUAAAAAUGAAAAUGCAAAUAAAAUAUGCAAAAGCUUUUCUUUCUUUUUUUGAAAAUAUAAUGAACAUUAUAACUCAAUUCGUCAAACAUCCUUUCAUUAUUGAGGUAAACAGAGUUUUAUUUUUAUUCAUCCUUUAAAUUUAGAUACCUCAUUUAUCAAAACCGAUUGCAAAAAGUAUUCACAUUGAUAAAAUGAAGGUUUUAAAAGAAAUUAUGGCUUAACUUGUAUUAUAUUUCACUAAGAGAAAUAAAAUAUAUAAUAAUCGGUAGUGCAGCAUCCGUUGACACAAAAAUAAAUCUGAUACCUAGAAAAAAAAUGUUUUAAUCACAUGCUCAAAAGCAAAUGCAGUAGGCUGCAUACCUAUUACAUUUUCAAAGAUCACGUGUGAUCUUUCCACAAGUGCUUUUUAGGCACACAAUAUUUGUCUCUCUGAUUUGUAAUACUUAAUAUUGGCAUACAUGGAAUAGAUUUAACAACAUUCUUCAUUGUUUUAAAUACAAGUACAACUACUCUGGUUACUUUCUUUUUUUUAGUUUACUAAAAACCAAGCUAAGACUAUUCAAAUUUUAACCUUGUAAUUUUCAUAUAAAGCACACACCUAUGCCAAACCUUAUGAAGCGCAAUAUUUGUAGUUGGUGCUUUCAAUACAACAACAAUCAACGAAUUGACAAAUUUUGAAGUAAAUUUGUGCUUAUAUGUUGUCACAAAUACUUCUACUUGAGAUUAUUCAAAAAAAAAAUCAAUAAAAGGUUUUACUAGUUUGAAUUGUCCAGUGGUAUUUUUGUGGCAGAAAAUGAUUGGAAGAUGCAUCGUCCAUCGUCCAUUGGUUCUUAAAGGGUUGAAAAUUUCCAUUCAAUUUUCAAAGACUUUUUGCACUAAAAAUGCUCUUAACUUGCCAUAGUGAACAAUCAAUUGGAGUUUUUCUUGUAUAAGAUGUUCAUGCAAAUUCAAGCAGUUGAUUAAUUUAUUCUCCCGUAAUUGUGUGGUUAAAAGAACAACCGACGAAAGAAUUUUUCCAAUCAAACUGAGGAAAGCUCUGCUUACCACUCAGCUAAUAUAUCAACAGAAAAAUUACUUGAAUGUAAUUUAAACUAAGUACAGAUGUUAAGAAAAUAUUUCCAUUAAUUAAAAUUAUAAAUUGAAUUACUGUACGUAGCAGGUAAGUUUUUGUGUGCUCACAAAUGCAUAAAUAUUGUAUGAUGUACGUUACAUGAAAAUUAUCAUAAACUAUCUUCUACUUAGUUUUUUCUAUUUGAGAUGUCAGAUUUUAUAUCACAAUCAAAUGGUGUGGUAUUUAGGAAGAAUAACAUAUAUAUCUGUGUAGUCAUAUUAUUAGCUAAGGCCAGUUGUUAAAAUAAGUUAUAUUUAAUUUAAAACAUUGUAUUACACGGACAGAGUAAUGCUCUAAAAUUAAUUUGAGACAGUAUAUGUCUGUAAUAAUUACUAAAAAAAUACAUGUUAUUAAUAAACACUAAAGAAUACAUGUCAUUACUAAACACACACAAAAUAAUUUUGUUGUAACAACUGCAGUACCUAUAGAAUUGUGAUAGUUAUGUAAUAUAUCAUUGAUUAUUGAUUUGAAUAGUAAGGGUUAACAUUAAUCCUGGUUAAAUGUUUAAUGGUAUCUCAAUUUUUUCUUUCAAACAACCAAAUUUUUUGUAUUUUAAUAUAUGUCAGAUAAAGGUAAUACUACAUUAUUUUUAAUAAGCUUACUGCUAUGCUUAUUGCAAUUACAAUUCACUGGUAUUUAAAUUUUUCACAUUCUCUGAUCUUUGUAUUACUCGGAAUGUAACAAGGGUUAAUUUAAAUCAAUGAGCGAUAUACAAUAAUUUUCUUCCUGUAUGACAAAGAAAAUAAAUCCCAUAUAACAUAGUUGUCAUUAAAUAAAUAAAAGUGUCAUGUCAUACAUGGUUUUGAAAUAAUAAAUGUUGAUACUCACAUAAAUGUUAUGAACCAAAAUGAAAAAGUAAAUUCAUAAUAUGUACAUGAAUGCCAGAAAUAAAUUACUAUUUUUUAUUAAAAACUAGUAGUGUAUUAAAAAUAACUAUACUCCUCAGUUAAUAAGAAAAGACCAAUUUUCAAGAUGACGAAACCAUGUUAUUGGUCGUCAUUGGAAAAGCUGCUAAUGAAGAAUUUGAUAUAUAUAUAUAUAUAUUUUUAAUAAAUGAGGAACUGAUAUCCCAUUAAGUAUUUAAGAUUAUUGUCAUUAUUAUGUUUAAAAUAGAAAAAUUAAGAAGAUAAUAAUUAGUUUGUUUGCCUGUAUCUUGCCAAUUUUGUUUACAUAAUUUUAUAAUAAAGUGUACAACAGCAAGAAAGUUUAGUAUUGUUAUGGUGUUAUAUAUUGUUAUUAUUGUUGUAUAUUAAUGUUGUCGUGGAAAUUGGUUAUAUGUAAAAUAAGCUUACUGUACCAUAGAUAUCACACAAGUAAAUACAGCAAUUACCAUUUGAAGUAAGAUUGUAUAUUAGACCAAUAAAUAAAUCAUUCAAUGCCA